UACAUUCACAUUCUCAAGAAAGGAAGAGCAGCUCAACCUCACCUCCACACUAUUCUGCUGCCUGCUAUUUUAAUCCAAGCCGCGUCGGAUUAUUUUUUUAUACCGCAGUGACACAUUGUACAGAAGAGCCAGAGGAAACAUUAUUUAUCUUUUUUUUUAAACCUUUUUUCUCUUUGGUAAACCUUUCAUCUAAGUGUAGACGACCGUGUGCUUGUGACAGAGAGACAAAAGUGUGAGUGUGCAUGUGUGAGACAGAAAUAAGAGGAGCAGGAUGAUUGCAGCCCAGUUACUGGCUUAUUACUUCACUGAACUCAAGGAUGACCAGGUCAAGAGGAUCGAUAAGUACCUCUACUCCAUGCGCUUCUCUGAUGAGACGUUGCUGGACAUCACGCACCGGUUCCGGAUGGAGUUGGCCCAAGGACUGGGCCGGGACACUAACCCCACCGCUGCCCUGAAGAUGCUGCCGACGUUUGUGAGAUCAAUCCCCGAUGGCACAGAGAAAGGUGACUUCAUCGCGUUGGACCUGGGCGGCAGUAACUUCAGAAUCCUCCGCGUCAAAGUGAGCCACGAAAAGAGACAAACCGUUCAGAUGGAGACUGAAAUCUACGACACUCCAGAGGACAUCAUUCACGGCACUGGGACAAGACUGUUUGACCAUGUGGCAGAAUGUCUCGGAGACUUCAUGGAAAAACACAACAUCAAAGACAAGAAACUCCCUGUUGGUUUCACCUUCUCCUUCCCGUGCCAGCAGACCAAACUGGACGAGAGCUAUCUCAUCACAUGGACAAAACGUUUCAAGGCCAGUGGAGUGGAGGGGAUGGAUGUCGUCGACAUGCUCAACAAAGCCAUUAAGAAACGAGGGGACUAUGAAGCCGACAUCAUGGCUGUAGUGAAUGACACGGUUGGAACGAUGAUGACGUGCGGUUUUGACGAUCACCGCUGCGAGGUCGGCAUCAUCAUCGGCACAGGCACCAACGCGUGCUACAUGGAGGAGCUGCGUCACAUUGACCAGGUGGAGGGAGACGAGGGCAGGAUGUGUGUGAACACCGAGUGGGGGGCGUUCGGAGAUGACGGCAGGCUGGAGGACGUCAGGACCGAGUUUGACCGAGAGAUAGACCGAGGCUCGCUCAACCCCGGCAAACAGCUUUUUGAGAAGAUGGUCAGUGGUAUGUACAUGGGGGAGCUGGUUCGUCUCAUUCUGGUGAAAAUGGCCAGAGAGGGUAUGCUGUUUGAGGGCAGGAUCACACCUGAGCUGCUCACGAAAGGGAAGUUUGACACCAAGCAUAUCUCGGCCAUCGAGAAGAGCAAGGAAGGACUGACCAGAGCCAAAGAGAUUUUAAUCAAACUUGGAGUGGAGCCCUCUGAUGAAGACUGUGUCGCUGUGCAGCAUGUUUGUGCCAUUGUGUCCUUCCGCUCUGCAAACCUAAUCGCUUCCACGCUGUCUGCAAUCCUAAUGAGGCUCAAGGAGAACAAAGGUGUGUCACGUCUGCGGACCACCGUCGGCAUCGACGGGUCUCUCUACAAAAUGCAUCCACAGUACGCCCGCCGUCUACAUAGGACAGUGCGCCGUUUGGUCCCGGACUGUGAUGUGCGAUUCCUGCUGUCAGAGAGUGGCAGUGGGAAGGGGGCUGCCAUGGUGACGGCUGUAGCCUACAGACUCGCCGACCAGUCGCGACAAAUCCAUGAAAUGCUGUCUGAAUUCCACCUGAACACCGACCAGCUACUGGAGGUAAAGAAUCGAAUGAGGAUCGAGAUCCAAAAUGGGCUCUCAAAGAGCACUCAGGACUCUGCUACUGUCAAAAUGCUGCCAACCUUUGUUGGAAGCACUCCUGAUGGCACAGAGUACGGUGAUUUCUUGGCUCUGGAUUUAGGAGGAACCAACUUCAGAGUUCUGUUGGUCAAGAUUCGUUCUGGAAAGAAGAGAUCGGUGGAGAUGCACAACAAGAUUUACGCCAUUCCUCUGGAAGUGAUGCAGGGAACGGGAGAGGAGUUGUUUGAUCACAUUGUUCACUGCAUCAGUGACUUCCUGGACUACAUGGGCAUGAAGAACACCCGACUUCCUCUGGGCUUCACGUUCUCGUUUCCCUGUCGACAGACCAGCCUGGACGCUGGAAUCCUGGUGACGUGGACCAAAGGCUUCAAGGCCACGGACUGUGAAGGAGAGGAUGUGGUGGGACUGUUGAGGGAUGCAAUUAAGAGGAGAGAGGAAUUUGACCUGGAUGUUGUCGCCGUAGUCAAUGACACGGUAGGAACGAUGAUGACCUGUGCCUAUGAAGAACCCACCUGUGAGAUCGGACUCAUUGCUGGCACUGGCAGUAAUGCGUGUUACAUGGAGGAGAUGAGGAACAUUGAAACAAUAGAGGGCGACAGCGGACGCAUGUGUGUCAACAUGGAGUGGGGGGCGUUCGGAGACAACGGAUGUCUCGACGACAUUAGGACAGAGUACGACCGCAAUGUGGAUGACUUCUCACUCAAUCCAGGCAAACAGAGAUAUGAGAAAAUGUGCAGCGGCAUGUACCUCGGUGAAAUCGUGCGAAACAUCCUCAUCGACAUGACCAGGAAAGGAUUCCUGUUCAGAGGACAGAUCUCUGAAACUCUGAAAACCAGAAGCAUCUUUGAAACAAAGUUCCUCUCCCAGAUAGAGAGUGACAGACUGGCGUUGCUGCAGGUCAGAUCCAUCCUGCAACACUUAGGACUGAACGGCACCUGUGACGACAGUAUCAUUGUCAAAGAGGUGUGUGGAGCAGUGUCACGUCGCGCAGCUCAGCUCUGUGGCGCGGGAAUGGCAGCCGUGGCCGAUAAGAUCAGAGAGAACCGAGGACUGGACCAUCUCAAAAUCACCGUAGGGGUGGACGGGACACUUUACAAGCUACAUCCACAUUUCUCCCGGAUCAUGCACCAGACGGUUAAAGAACUGGCGCCUCAGUGUAACGUAAACUUCCUGCUGUCGGAGGAUGGCAGUGGGAAAGGAGCGGCACUCAUCACAGCUGUCGGCUGCAGAAUGAGACAGGAGCUGAACAAUAAAUAGACCCUAACAAAUAGAAUCCCCCUCAUAAUCUCUGUUCUCUCCCCUCAUCUCUGUUCUCUACCUUCACUCUCCUCUCCUUUCUUUCCCUCCCCAAUCAAACCUGUCUGGGCGAAGUGUCACGCAGUAGGAGCUGCU